AAGAAAGAGAAAAUAAUAUGUUCUAACUCAAAAUAUUUCUUGAAAAAUACACAAAAAAGUAAAGAAUUAUAAUAUCGACCACAAAAUUGUCUAUAUAAUAUUUUCAUAAUUUAUAAUAGCAUAAUUAAAAUAUAAUAAAAAAAAAGAAGGAUGCUUAAAUUAACCAAACCAAAACUUGUAUUAUAGCAUCUCCACCACAACGAAAUCUCAAUUUCCCAUUCUCUUGAAUAUUUAGAAUAAAAAUAAAAAUGGAUUCUUAAUUACUUGAAAACUCAUGGGAUGUUUUUACGAAUUCACAGCACAGUCACCAUCUCUAUUUUGCUCCAUAUUUUUUUGAUGAUGGCAUAGAUCUCUACCAAAUGUAUUCUCACUGAAUAUUUUUUAAAAUACGAUUCUAACUUGAAAACUCAUGGAAAGUUUUUUUACUUCAUUCACCAUAUAGUUAUAUGAGAAGUUUCUACUAUUUUGAAUUUUGUUUGAAUUAGUAAUAUGACAAAGCUUCAAUAUUUGAGUAUUGUCGAAAACAAUUUUUUGUUCUUAAAAGAAACUUUACAGACAAAGAAAACAGUCAGUUACAAAAAAAAACUGUCUUAUAUAUAUAUAUUAUACAAGUGAAAAUAUAUAAAUAAGGUCCAGAAAAAAACGGUAUAAACAAACAGUCAAAUACAGUAAAAACUCUGCAUGAAACUUGGUGUCAACAAUCUUGUUACUAACAAGCUACUUCUCCUAAUCGUAAGCCAAACGAAGAUAAUAUAUUUGGUAUUAAAAAAAUAUUCGAAAAAAGAAAGCAAUUUUUCUUCUUUUAUGAAAAGAAAGAGAAAAUAAUAUGUUCUAACUCAAAAUAUUUCUUGAAAAAUACAUAAAAAAGUAAAGAAUUAUAAUAUCGACCACAAAAUUGUCUAUAUAAUAUUUUCAUAAUUUAUAAUAGCAUAAUUAAAAUAUAAUAAAAAAAGAAGGAUGCUUAAAUUAACCAAACCAAAACUUGUAUUAUAGCAUCUCCACCACAACGAAAUCUCAAUUUCCCAUUCUCUUGAAUAUUUAGAAUAAAAAUAAAAAUGGAUUCUUAAUUACUUGAAAACUCAUGGGAUGUUUUUACGAAUUCACAGCACAGUCAACAUCUCUAUUUGCUCCAUAUUUUUUUUGAUGAUGGCAUAGAUCUCUACCAAGUGUAUUCUCACUGAAUAUUUUUUAAAAUACGAUUCUAACUUGAAAACUCAUGGAAAGUUUUUUUACUUCAUUCACCAUAUAGUUAUAUGAGAAGUUUCUACUAUUUUGAAUUUUGUUUGAAUUAGUAAUAUGACAAAACUUCAAUAUUUGAGUAUUGUCGAAAACAAUUUUUUGUUCUUAAAAGAAACUUUACAGACAAAGAAAACAGUCAGUUACAAAAAAAAAACUGUCUUAUAUAUAUAUAUAUAUAUAUAUAUAUUAUACAAGUGAAAAUAUAUAAAUAAGGUCCAGAAAAAAACGGUAUAAACAAACAGUCAAAUACAGUAAAAACUCUGCAUGAAACUUGGUGUCAACAAUCUUGUUACUAACAAGCUACUUCUCCUAAUCGUAAGCCAAACGAAGAUAAGAUCAAAAUUUAUUACACAAUACACGUAAUCCAACCCCUAAUUAUAGUGUCAUCACAUUAUCUAUUUAAAGAAUCGCAAAGUGAAUCCCAUUUUCAAAUUAAGCCACACCAUUCCUUCCUUCCUUCCUUCUAAGCACAGAAGAAAAAAAAAUGGCAGGAGGAGCUUUUGUGUCAGAAGGAGGAAGUGGUGGAAGAGAUUAUGAAGGAGGAGUCACAGUUUUUGUUGUCAUAACAUGUAUGGUUGCGGCCAUGGGAGGUCUCCUCUUUGGUUAUGACCUUGGAAUCUCAGGAGGUGUGACAUCAAUGGAUGAGUUUCUUAGCAAGUUCUUCCCACAAUUAGAGAAGCAGAGGGUAAAGGCGAAGCACGAGACGGCUUACUGCAAAUUUGAUGACCAAAAGCUCCAAUUGUUUACUUCUUCUCUCUACUUAGCAGCUUUGGUAGCUUCCUUUGUGGCUUCGGUUGUUACUAGGAAGUAUGGACGAAAGGUUUCCAUGUUUACCGGUGGACUUGCUUUCCUCACCGGUGCACUAAUCAACGCCUUUGCCAUUAAUGUUACAAUGCUCAUCAUCGGUAGACUUUUGCUCGGUGUAGGUGUGGGAUUUGCUAAUCAGUCUACUCCGGUUUACCUCUCGGAAAUGGCUCCAGCAAAGAUAAGAGGAGCGCUAAACAUUUGUUUCCAGGUGGCUAUUACGUCUGGAAUCUUGGUGGCGAAUCUGAUCAACUAUGGAACAUCUAAUAUGGCUAAAAAUGGGUGGAGGGUUUCUUUAGGUUUAGCAGCUGUUCCAGCAAUUCUUAUGGUGAUCGGAUCAUUCUUUUUGCCCGAUACACCAAACUCAAUGCUUGAGAGAGGAAAAUACGAGGAAGCAAAACAAAUGUUGAAGAAAGUACGAGGAACAGAAAACGUUGACCAUGAGUUUCAAGAUAUACGCGAUGCAUGUGAAGCUGCUAAAAAGGUAGAACAUCCAUGGAAAAACAUCAGGCAGAGCAAAUACAGACCAGCUUUAGUCUUCUGCUCGGCCAUUCCCUUUUUCCAGCAGAUUACUGGAAUUAAUGUCAUUAUGUUCUACGCUCCUGUUCUCUUCAAGACUCUUGGUUUUGGAGAUGAUGCUGCUCUUAUGUCGGCUGUAAUAACCGGUGUAGUUAACGUGCUCGCGACCUUUGUCUCCCUAUACUCGGUUGAUAGAUUUGGAAGAAGGUUUCUUUUCCUUGAAGGUGGCAUUCAAAUGUUCAUGUCUCAGAUUCUUGUUGGUUCAUUUAUCGGUUUAAAAUUCGGAACCACGGGAACCGGAACCUUGACACCAGCAACAGCAGACUGGAUUCUUGUUUUCAUAUGUGUGUACGUUGCUGGAUUUGCAUGGUCAUGGGGUCCAUUGGGUUGGUUAGUACCCAGUGAGAUCUGUCCAUUGGAAAUCAGACCAGCGGGACAAGCCAUCAACGUCUCAGUCAACAUGUUCUUCACUUUCCUCAUCGGUCAAUUCUUCUUGACAAUGCUUUGUCACAUGAAGUUUGGUCUCUUCUACUUCUUUGCAGGCAUGGUUGCCAUCAUGACCAUCUUCAUCUACUUUUUGUUUCCGGAGACCAGAGGUGUUCCCAUUGAAGAGAUGGGAAGAGUUUGGAAGCAACAUUGGUUCUGGAAAAAUUACAUUCCAGAUGAUGCAGUUAUUGGUGGAAAUGAUGAAAACUAAACCAAUUAGUUUUAAGUGGAAUUGGUUUGGGCAUAUAUGUUUCUCAAUUACGGGUUGUUGCGCUAGCCUUAAUUUUUUAUUAUAUCAUUUCUUCCACUAAUUUUACUCUCAUUCUCUCUACGCUCGUUUUACCCAAUCACACUCUAUAUGUUUAUGGUUUAGGAUUCCUCGAACUUGAAUACUAACAAUGAAACCAUAAAUCAAAAUCCUAUUAAAUAUACCCUAAACAGUAUUCCUUAAAAGAUAAAUCUAAACCCUAAGCUCUAGACCCUAACAGAAUAAUCAGUAAAACCUAGACCAUAAACAUAAUUAAAAAAGCAUAAACUCAAACACUAUCAUGAAUCCUAAACCCAAAGAAAUAAUCCCUAAACCAUAAACCCAAACAAGAUAAUUAUGCAGUUAUAUAUCCGACUAAUAUAAUAUGUAGAGGUUAGAAUAUAACAUUUCAAAGUACAUAUACUUUAAUAGCCAGAUUAUUAUCAAAUGACUGGUGACAUAAAUUCAUAAACUUUAAAUACUAAACUCUUAGCAAUAUACCAUAACCCUUGAAAGAAAAUUAUAAAACUCUAACCGUAAAUCAGGAAUCAUAAACUCUAGAUCCACAACAUAAUCCAUAGGCUCAGUUAUUGUUUUCAAAUUAAGCAUGAACAUUACUUGUAUAAAUAUGUUUUCUUGCUUAAAGCAUGUAUAAAUUUUAAAUGACAGAUUAUGUAUAAAUUAAGUAUACUAUAUUUUUAAUUACAUAAAAACACUCAGACUAAUAAUAAUGUGAUAUAGAAGGGGAAGGUGUGAUGACUAUAUUUCCAUAAAAAAUUAUUUACCAUUUAUUAGCUCAAACUGGUUUUGGUUUACCUUAUUAACAUCACCUAUAUCUUAAUAUGUACGAUCUAUUAAAACAGAAUCACAAAAUUUCAUCUAACUUGAUUCUAGGUAGAAUAUUUUUUUAAGAAACUAUACUUUAUAUAUUUCUCAUAACUUAUACUAUUAGUCGAUUAUUAACUAUUCACAUUUAAAUAUAGGCUAACGAUAGCUACAAAUAUCUGCAAUUUUCUUUUUGAAAUAUUACAAACUUUCAUAUUUUACUAACUAAAGAUUCUCAAAUAGUCAAUUAGAUUUACUUAAUCUCUAAUAUUAUAUUUCCUAAAUCCUUUUAAAAACAUUUCCAAAAUGCGGUUAAAAUGUUUACCA